GGAGCGGGGCGGCGCACGGCGCGGGGCCGGGCCGGGCGGCUCCCGGCGCGACUUCCUGUUGUGCCCGCGCCCCGCCGCGCCGCCCGCGCCCCUCGCCCGCCGCCCGCCCAUGGAUUUCACCUAGCGGCGCCCAUGGCCGCGCAGUGCUGCUGCCGCAAGGCGCCCGGCGCCGACGCCGCGCCCGCCCGGCCGCCGCCCGAGCCGCCGCCCGCCCUGGACGUGGCCUCGGCCUCCAGCGCGCGGCUCUUCCGCCUCCGCCACCUGCAGCUGGGCCUGGAGCUGCGGCCCGAGGCGCGCGAGCUGGCCGGCUGCCUGGUGCUCGAGCUGUGCGCGCGGCGGCCCUCGCCCCGCGCGCUCGUGCUCGACGCGCACCCGGCCCUGCGCCUGCACUCGGCCGCCUUCCGCCGCGCCCCCGCCGCCGCCGCGCCGCCCUGCGCCUUCGCCUUCGCCGCGGGGCCCGGGCCCGCGCCCCCGCCGCCGCCGCGGCCCGCCUUCCCCGACGCGCCCGCCGCCGAGCCCGCCGGCCGCCCGCUGGCCUUCCGCCUCGACCCGUUCACCGACUACGGCUCCUCGCUCACCGUCACGCUGCCGCCCGAGCUGCCGGCGCACCAGCCCUUCCAGGUCAUCCUGCGCUACACGUCCACCGACGCGCCCGCCAUCUGGUGGCUGGAGCCAGAGCUGACCUAUGGCCGCACCAAGCCCUUCGUCUUCACGCAGGGCCACUCCGUGUGCAAUCGCUCCUUCUUCCCCUGCUUCGACACGCCCGCCGUCAAGUGCACCUACUCGGCUGUAGUCAAGGCUCCGUCAGGGGUGCAGGUGCUGAUGAGUGCCACGCAGAGCACCUACGUGGAGGAGGAGGGCGUCUACCGCUUCCACAUGGAGCACCCCGUGCCCGCCUAUCUCGUGGCCCUGGUGGCCGGGGACCUCCAGCCAGCAGACAUCGGGCCCAGGAGCCGUGUGUGGGCCGAGCCUUGCCUCCUGCCCACGGCCACCAGCAAGCUGUCCGGCGCCGUGGAGCAGUGGCUGAGCGCCGCGGAGCGGCUCUACGGGCCCUACAUGUGGGGCAGGUACGACAUCGUCUUCUUGCCUCCGUCCUUCCCCAUCGUGGCCAUGGAGAACCCCUGCCUCACCUUCAUCAUCUCCUCCAUCCUGGAGAGUGACGAGUUCCUGGUCAUCGACGUCAUCCACGAGGUGGCCCACAGCUGGUUCGGCAACGCGGUCACCAACGCCACUUGGGAGGAGAUGUGGCUGAGUGAGGGCCUGGCCACCUACGCCCAGCGCCGCAUCACCACGGAGACCUACGGUGCUGCCUUCACCUGCCUGGAGACGGCCUUCCGGCUCGACGCCCUGCACCGGCAGAUGAAGCUCCUGGGAGAGGACAGCCCGGUCAGCAAGCUGCAGGUCAAGCUGGAGCCAGGGGUGAACCCCAGCCACCUCAUGAACCUGUUUACCUAUGAGAAGGGGUACUGCUUCGUGUACUACCUGUCCCAGCUCUGCGGGGACCCCCAGCGCUUUGACGACUUUCUCCGUGCCUACGUGGACAAGUACAAGUUCACCAGUGUGGUGGCCCAGGACCUGCUCGACUCCUUCCUGAGCUUCUUCCCAGAGCUGAAGGAGCAGAGCGUGGACAGUCGAGCAGGCCUGGAGUUUGAGCGCUGGCUCAAUGCCGCCGGCCCGCCGCUGGCCGAGCCCGACCUGUCGCAGGGGUCCAGCCUGACCCGGCCGGUGGAGGCCCUCUUCCAGCUGUGGACCGCGGAGCCCCUGGACCAGGCCGCCGCCUCCGCCCGCGCCGUGGACAUCUCCAAGUGGAGGACCUUCCAGACGGCGCUCUUCCUGGACCGGCUCCUGGACGGCUCCCCGCUGCCCCAGGAGGUGGUGACCAGCCUGUCCCAGUGCUACUCCUCACUGCUGGACUCCAUGAACGCCGAGAUCCGCAUCCGCUGGCUCCAGAUCGUCGUGCGCAACGACUACUACCCCGACCUGCACCGCGUGCGGCGCUUCCUGGAGAGCCAGAUGUCCCGCAUGUACACCAUCCCGCUGUACGAGGACCUCUGCACCGGCGCGCUCAAGCCCUUCGCCCUGGACGUCUUCUACCAGACGCAGGGCCGGCUGCACCCCAACCUGCGCAGGACCAUCCAGCAGAUCCUGUCGCAGGGCCUGGGCCCUGGCGGCGAGCAGGGGGCGGCCGAGGCCGAGGCGGCCGCGCCCGCCCUGCUGCGGGGGGACGAGGCCCCGGGCAGCGCCAUCUCUCUCAGGGACGUCAACGUGUCCGCCUAGCCGGCCCGCAGACGCCACGCUGUGCCUUCUCCGAGGGGGCGGACUGCGGCGCCCCGCCCCGGCCCCUCCCGGCUCCCUGGGGCCCCGCGACCCCACACUGUGCCUUAUGUCCGUGGGGCCGCGCGGGCGGUCCCGGCAGCUGCUUCGAGGGACGGGACCGGACGUGCCCGCCCGUGGGGGCGGGGGACACUGGGCGCACCGGGCGGCCGGCCGGCCCUGGGCAGGGAGAAGCCUUAGCCCCUCAGGGAAUUCGGGGUCCCGGGCCCAGGUCGGGACGGGACAGACAGCGCCGCGGCUCCGGGGACAGGCGGCGCUGCUCCUCGGGACCCCCGGGCUGGGGACCUGG